CUAAUGUGCUUCGCCUCCAGUCUGUUUGACGCCAGGACGGGUGAGAGAGAGACAAGGGAAAGAGAGGCAGGAAUAAAGGGAAAAACUCUGCUUCAUGUCGGUGUCUGUAAAACAGAGCAAAGGUCGAGAGACGCUACAACAUUUCAUUAAAGGUAUUCCUUCUUGAAGCCUCAACCUCUGACACCACCUGUUUUUGGCAUGGAUUAGCCUUUUAAAAUCUAAUAACUGUCUUAAUAGGUAUUUAUAGUUCCUAACAUCACCUUUCUCCCUAAAUUGCCCUUUAUACUAAAUCUCAGAGUAGUUGUGACCCAGGUCCACCCCCCCACACACUUCACUGCAGGCCUUCCUGAGCCCUGAGCACCAGCAGCUGCGUCCUGCCUCAACUUCCUGUCCUUGGUUGUGCAAGGCUAAGCCUGUCCAUUCCCCCACACCCAAAACUCACACAUAAGCAUCUUCCUGGCACACUGCGGGACGACGGCACCUCAGAUCCUGUUUCCCGGUGUAGCCCAGCACUAUGACCUCCAUGUCCAGCCUGUUCUCCUUCACCAGCCCGGCAGUGAAGCGGUUGCUGGGCUGGAAGCAGGGCGAUGAGGAGGAAAAAUGGGCAGAGAAGGCCGUGGAUGCCCUGGUAAAAAAACUGAAGAAAAAGAAAGGUGCCAUGGAAGACCUGGAGAAGGCGCUCAGCAGUCCCGGGCAGCCCAGCAAAUGUGUGACCAUCCCCCGCUCGCUGGACGGACGGCUACAGGUGUCCCACAGGAAAGGCCUUCCCCACGUCAUCUAUUGCCGCGUGUGGCGCUGGCCUGACCUGCAGUCCCAUCACGAGCUCAAACCCCUGGAGGUGUGCGAGUAUCCGUUCGGGUCCAAGCAGAAAGAAGUGUGCAUCAACCCCUAUCAUUACAAACGUGUUGAAAGUCCAGUACUCCCCCCGGUUUUGGUGCCACGACACAGCGAGUUCAACCCUCAACACAGCCUGCUGGUACAGUUUCGCAACCUGAGUCACAAUGAGCCUCAUAUGCCUCUCAACGCCACCUUCCCAGAAUCCUUCCAGCAGCACAGCGGAGGGAGCUCCUUCCCCAUCUCUCCAAAUUCACCCUAUCCUCCAUCUCCUGCCAGCAGUGGCACCUACCCCAACUCUCCUGCCAGCUCUGGGCCAUCCAGCCCCUUUCAGCUCCCAGCUGAUACCCCUCCUCCAGCUUACAUGCCUCCAGAUGAGCAGAUUGGACAGGAUGGGUCUCAGUCCAUGGAGACUGGCAACAGCAGCAGCAUGGUGCCUAGAGAUGUGCAGCCAGUGGAGUAUGCCGAGCCCAGUCACUGGUGCUCUAUUGUGUAUUAUGAGCUAAAUAACCGUGUGGGUGAGGCGUACCACGCUUCCUCCACAAGCGUGCUGGUCGACGGCUUCACUGACCCAUCCAACAACAAGAAUCGUUUCUGUCUGGGCCUGCUUUCGAACGUCAAUCGCAACUCCACUAUUGAAAACACUCGACGCCAUAUUGGCAAAGGUGUCCACCUGUAUUAUGUUGGAGGUGAAGUGUAUGCAGAGUGUCUGAGUGACACCAGCAUUUUCGUUCAGAGUCGAAACUGCAACUACCACCAUGGGUUCCACCCCACAACUGUCUGCAAAAUCCCUAGCGGCUGCAGCCUAAAGAUUUUCAACAACCAAGAAUUUGCUCAGCUGCUUGCUCAGUCGGUCAACCACGGUUUUGAGGCCGUCUACGAGCUUACCAAGAUGUGCACCAUUCGCAUGAGCUUUGUAAAGGGCUGGGGGGCUGAGUAUCACCGACAAGAUGUUACAAGCACCCCUUGCUGGAUAGAAGUGCAUCUACAUGGCCCCCUCCAAUGGCUGGAUAAAGUUCUAACACAAAUGGGUUCUCCUCUGGACCCCAUCACUUCUGUCUCGUAAUGAUGGGCCCCCUCUGGGCUGGGAGGAAUUUUUGAGUAUUUUUUUUUCUAAAUUUUUCUUCACUUUUGACAGUAAAGGAGGUCUUAAGGGCUGAACUGUGUUUACACUAUCUGCAGAAGGGUUACAGAUCCUAACGCAGUCAAAAGAGAAGAAUGAACUGGGGCUACAAGCACACCUAACAGAGGAAAAUUCUAGGCAGUGACACACAAUGGACUAACUACUGCUUUAGCAAUUGCCUUCAUUUUAUUUCCUUUUUGCAUUACAAUUGUUUUAAAAUUACUGAUUUCGCUAACUGUAUGUAAUCUAGUAGAUGAAAUUGACAUGCUUUCAUGUAUCUACUUCACCUUACGCAAUUGAAAACGCAAUUUCCUAGUUCUAUGAAGAUCUCUUUUAUUUGCUAUGUUGUCUAAUCCCAAUUAUUGGCAAGACAUACUUUCCUUUAUACGAUUACUGUUAGACUCAAAGCUCAUUACAAAUGUUUCCUUUUUAUAGCUUCUGAUGCCUCAAGGCAAAACACAAAACGUUACUGCUUUUAAAUAAAGUUCUUUUAUCUGAUAA